CCCUUCCCGCAAAGAAAGAUUGAAGAGUCACCCUUGUGAUUCGGAAUCUACGAUACAUUUAAGCAUUAUUACAAACAAUUCAAUUUUUUAAGAGCUAUGAAUGACUGUGAUUAAGCAAGCCCUUCAGAUUUUUUGGUUAGUGCGUCCUUCAUCUGAGCUGCGCUCGUGCUUAAAGAAAAUUUCUCGUUGGGAAAGAGAAUACUUUUAUAAAACAUAAGGCAUUAAUCUCGCGGAUACAUUCGCUGACUCCCUAAUGUGGCGUUGGACUAGUUCGGACCAUUUUACAGCAAGAUCCGCAUAUCAAUUCCUGGUUUAUGAUGGCAUCAACAAUUGUCCGAUUAAGUUCCUGUGGAAACUCAAAACACCUCUUACAGUUAAACUUUUCCUAUGGCUCGCGAUGAAGAAACUGUCGAGCAUUUGCUGCUAAGCUGCACCUUCGCCAAGUCGGUGUAGAAGCGGUUGCUAUUGGGCACUCCGGCCGCGUUACUACAGACAAUGCAAUCUUCACAGGGGAUUGUGGACACGUGGCUUCGGUCAAGAAGGCUACUGACGGGGGCAAACAAAAAACAUUUCGACGUCGGCUUCGCUGCAGCGUGUUGGGAGCUGUGGAAGGAAAGGAAUAGGAGAAUCUUCGACGAUCGGUUAGAAGACUGCAAAAAUCUGGGAACAAGAAUUUGUGCGACAACUGGCCAUUGGGAAUACGCAUUAGCAAGCUAACUUCGCCUUACCCACUCUUUGUCACUCUCCCCACCUCCUAAAUCUGGGUUGAAUCCUUUUUGUUUUCCUUUUUUUGAUCUGGGUCGAAUAUUUUUGUAAGGUUCCAUUGGGGUCUCAUGGGGGCUUCGAGGCCUGGGAUUGCUGUGGUAACAGGAGGGAACAAAGGGAUUGGAUUGGAGAUUUGCAGGCAGUUGGCCUCUACUGGAGUCAGAGUCAUAUUAACUGCUAGAGAUGAGAAGAGGGGUUUGGAAGCAGCAGAAAAGCUCAAACAAUCCGGGCUUUCCGAUGUGAUCUUCCACCGAUUAGAUGUGACCGACUCUUCUGGCAUCGCUUCGUUCGCAGAGUUCGUCAAGAUUUCGUUUGGAAAGCUUGAUAUCUUGGAUGAGAAGAGGAGUCACGAUCGACGCCGAGAUACUGAACAAUCUUAACAUUGAAAGUGAGAAGAAAACUCGAAGCAUCGUGAUGGAUUUUCUUAGUAAUCUGAAACAGAAUUAUGAGAUGGGUGAAGAGUGCUUGAAAACAAACUUCUAUGGCACUAGAGAUGUUACCCAAGCACUUAUCCCUCUUCUACUGUCAUCCAAUUCUGGAAGAAUAGUAAAUGUUUCAGCAAAAAUUGCGCAAUUUAAGGUGAAUAAGCCAUUCUCAAUUGUUUUCUGAACUUUAUUCUGAACUUUUAAUUUUGAUAACUAUGUCUCAUAAAGUUAAUCAAAUAAUUUAAUUGGCGCUUUCCUUCAAUUGAAGUUACUAGUUAAAUAGUUAUGCUGAUCGCAUGUAAUGUAGAUAAUUCUGUAAAACUUCAAAAUGCAAAAAAACA